AUGUGGCGCCCUGUUUUCCUCCUCAUCUUUCUGCUGCAUAAGCUCACUUCGUCUGAGCCUGUCUCAACCAUCAUCCACACUCCCCAAUUGAGCGGCAGUAAUGUUUCUCUUGGAGAUGAACAUUUCACAGGGCAUGGCUGGAUUGAUACGAUUCACGAAGAUAACGAAACAACAAUUGCGGAUGUCUUAUUUCUGCCAGGUGCCCGAACUAAUUGGCAUACCCAUCAUGGCGGUCAACUGUUACGCGUUGUCGCAGGAUCUGGCUGGAUUUGCGAUGAAGGAGGCAAACCCCAGCGUUUGAUGGUGGGAGACCUUGCUUGGUGUCCUCCAGGAGUAACACAUUGGCAUGGGGCGAGUGAUGGAAGCUAUCUGAUCCACCAAGCUAUUGCCCAUGGUGCAACAUCAUGGCUUGACGCCGUCUCGGAUGAGGAGUACAAUAAGACUAGGCUAGGGAGUGAUCCUGAACGCAAGGGUUGA